UUUCUCUCUCCUCCAGACGCAUGACACCUUAGCCUUAACUUUGAGCCAUGUCUUUGACACCUCAGUACAAAUUUAUACCCUAUCAAAUUAUAACAUUAAUACAGCUGAGAUGAUUUUGGAAACAAUAGCUUUUAAUCAAUGGCUCAAUUUCUUGUUCGUCGUCGUGAUACAAUGGAUCGACUGUUCUGUUGAAUGCCUGAUUUCUUCUUAUUCGGCGCCGUUUAUACCAUGGUCCGACUGUGUUGAUGAUCCUAGCCAUGGCUCUCUCUACCAAUCUGAGCAGAUCCGACGAUGAUGUUAGCCCCGUCGAUGGUCGAUCGCUUGUGGUGGAUUUCUUCUUCUUCGAUCCACCAGAAUAUGUUCAUCAGAUCUGACGAUGAUGGGUUUCUUCUUCUUCUACUUUUCGUUCCCAGAAAUUGGAGGAGAUCCAAAGGAGAAAAAGAUGAGUGCUCCGGUGAAAGAGGAGAGUUAUUUUUGUGUGGAACUGAGUGUAUUUUAACCGAGUUGUAUCGGCUAAGAUUACAUCACAUUAGACCAGUGGCUGAGUUUCGAGUCCUACAUCUUAGGAGACGCAACACAGAAUGUGUUCCUUAUCAAGCUACGGCUGCGAGUCUCUCACACUCUACAUUCUGUUUCGUAUCAGAACCUCUCUUUGAACCUGUAAGGAGUCUCAAUUGAUCUGAAGGUGUUAAGGUAGAGAGAUAUAUAAGCGCUUGUUAAACCAUGAGCUAACUGUUGCACUGAUAUUUAAGUAUCUUCCUAAUCUCUUUGUUGCACUAAACCUGUUCUUGAGGUGACCAAUCUCCGUAAAUUCCAACUAAAGUCGCAGUAGAAGAACAGGUGGUUACGAGAGGCUCAUUAAAAUCCAAGAUUUUUGUGUGGUUAUAAAAUUCUACAUGAGAAACAUUCGCAAGUUCCGUAAACACACUGAACAUUUUGGAAAUUGUUUUCUUUAAUUUUUCAUUCUCUUUAACAUUAUUAUCUUCAGGUUUGAGUUUUUUUUCCUUGCAAUAUUCUUUGUCUUUUGCUGCUGUUUGCACGGUCUAUUCUCAUGAACUUAUUGUCCUCAAGGUCAGAGACCUUUGUCUUUUCUGAAGUACUAUUGACAGCAUGAGGCCAUCGUGUUGAGACCUGGCUAUUGUGGUGACAGUGAAGAUAAUCAGAAAUGGUUUCACCUGAGUGUUUCUGGGUCUAAAUAAUUAAUGCAUGUGAAGUGGAGACUGUGGCUUGUGUCGGAUAUCUGCAAAGUAUGCCGAAGAGGAAGAUCUGUUGGUGAGAUGAGGAAAAACACAGUAGUCUAGAAGCAGGUCCCGAUCAGAAUUAACCCACACAGCUGAUGAACGUUAAUAGCAAAUUUAGAAGCAUAUAGGAGAAGCAAAUGUGAGCUUGCAACUGAUGUCAACCUAAAUUAUAUCUUCUACUUGGUUGAGUUUUAUAUACAUAUGAUAUUUGUUUAUAGUUUGAAUUCAAGUUUGGAUCGCUUAGCAAAGGAACCGAUUAUGCUUCAUACAAACUUUGUAUCUUAUUUCUAUGUCCUGCUUUCAAUGUAAACAUUCUCACGUACAAGAUAACUUUCAUUUUGUAA